GUUGUGCCUGCCAGGCUUGCUUCGCUCAGUGAGUCUAAUGAUGUUGGCGAAAACCGCACAGAAGGAAUAACGAAUAUUCGAGAUCAGGACAUCGACGCCACUAUGGAGAUGGAGAGAGAAGGCAAUAUUUUAAAUGAAGAGAGUUUAUAUAAGGUGGAAACAGAACACGAUGAUUCGUCGUUGACUCCUGAAGGAGAAUACUGGCAGCCACGUGUGACUGCUGUUGAAGAAACUCCGUUGGCACCAAUGCCUCGUCGAAAGAAGUAUAACUUACAGCGCCAGUUUUCGCGUUAUGAGAAAGACCGGAUGAGAAAGGUCCCAUUGGCUGCUCCCAUCGAAAGCAUCAGGCUAUCGAAAACACAGAAGCGAUGGAUUAUCGCAUCGGCAAACUGUGAUUACGACGAAAUGGUCCAGUUGCUGGAACAAAAUCCAGAACUUGCAGAUCACGUAAACUUCGUUAACGGCUUUACAGCUUUCCUGUGGGCAGCGAAACAUGGUCACAAGAAAGUGCUGCAGCUGCUGGCCAACAAUUUUCCCAUCGAUGUCAGCCGUGUCUCGGUAUGA